UCUAAUUUCUUUAACACGUUGUUUUUUAGGUGCUUCCUCGAGAACCGUUUACCAGCAGAGGAUUGGUGGAACUUGAUCUGAAGCUCUCUGUCUCUUUCAGGCUGGCCAUGACAUCUCAAGGUCAAUGUAUGAGUUCAGAUAAAAACUGUCACGCGAGCUUUCGUGAGAUGCUUCUGAUGAUCGACUCCAACCUGGGGUCCCAAGAGGUGGAGCAGCUGAAGUUUCUCUGCCUCAACUUAGUCUCUCCCAAGAGACUGGAGAAUUCCAGCUCAGCCUCAGAUAUUUUCGAUCAUCUUUUGAAAGAGAACCUGCUGAGUGAGGAAGACACUUUCUUCCUAGCAGAACUCCUCUUCAUCACCAAGCAGAACAAACUGCUGCGGUUCCUUGACUACACCAAGGAGCAAGUGAAGCAUUGGCUGCCCACCCGAGGAAGGGUCUCUCCAUUCAGAAAACUGCUCUACGAACUGUCGGAAGACAUCACCUCAGAGAUCUUAAAGGACAUGAUCUUCCUUCUGGGUGACUCCCUUCCCAAAACCCCAAUGACCUCUCUCAGUUUACUGGCGUAUCUAGAGAAAAAGGCUGAAAUAGAUGAUGAUAAUUUGACGGUACUGGAGAACCUCUGCGAAAAGGUUUUACCUAAACUUACGAAAAAAAUAGAGAAGUACAAAAGAGAGAAAGCUCAGGCAAUCCUUUCACCUCCGUCUCCCAAAAGAAUGGAGUCAUUGUGUCAUGGAAAAGAACUAUUUUCCCAAUUAGACAGUAAAACAUUCUCAGAAGCUUUGCCGGUGGUAGAUGUGUACAGCAUGAAUGGGAAACACAGAGGCCACUGUGUCAUUGUCAACAACCACAGCUUUACCUCUAUGAACAAAAGAGAAGGAACCCAUAAAGAUGCUGACAGCCUGAGCCAUGUGUUUCAGUGGCUGGGGUUCACCGUAAGCAAACAUGACAACCUGACUAAAGCUUGCCUGGAGAAGGUUCUAGAGAAGUAUAAGAGUCACCCGGACCACGCUGGUGCAGACUGCUUCGUGUUCUGUGUGCUGACCCAUGGGAACCUCGGGACGGUCUACUCUACAGAUGAGGCCCCCAUCCCCAUUCGGGAGAUCAUGUCAUAUUUCACAGCCCAGCAAUGCCCCGGAUUGGCUAAAAAACCGAAACUCUUUUUUAUCCAGGCCUGUCAAGGUAGUGAGAUACAACCAUAUGUGUCCAUUGAAGCAGAUGCCGUGAACCCUGAGAACACAGAACAGUGUUCUAUUGGGGACAGUAUUCCCACUGAGGCAGAUUUCUUGCUUGGUCUGGCCACUGUCCCAGGCUACAAGUCCUUUCGGCACAAGAAGGAAGGCAGCUGGUACAUUCAGUCUCUGUGUAGUCAUCUGAAGAAGUUGGUGCCAAGACAGGAAGACAUCUUAUCCAUCCUCACUGCUGUCAACAAUGACGUGAGUCAACAAGUAGACACAUACAAGGAGAUAAAGAAACAGAUGCCCCAGCCUGCAUUCACACUAAGGAAAAAGCUAGUAUUCCCUGUGCCAGAGGAUGCACUUUAA